AUGCCGAUCGCAGAACUCUCCGACAGUUACAGACAAGCUGUGGAGUUUGGGUUUUUCAUGGCGCUUUCUGCUACAGCCGUUCUAAGGGUCCUCAGAGCCGGUGAGGAUCGGGCCUGGACGGGAAGAAGAUGCGUAUGGAAGCUGAUUUCGGCCUCCUGUUUUCCUGCGGACUCUCCGAUUCACAUGCCCUCUGUAAUGCAGCGGCGAUCCCUGCACCUCUCUCCGGCAGCGCUUGCCAAGAACAUGCUGAAUAAAUUCGCCUCCAAAACCAAAAAGAAGUUCUGGUAUGAUAGCCCGUCUAUUGGAACGCAGUUUGUGAAUAAGCCAGACAGCUUGCUCAGCCUGAUGAAAGUGCAAAAGAAGCAAAGGCGUGAAGAUAGUAUCCGCAUGAGGGCAUUGAACUCGAUCAUGUUUAAAGCAUUGACUGAUCUGCUCAGCACGCCAGAAGUUAGUCAAGAGGUUUAUAACCUUAAUGUGGAACUAUCAAAGGUUUGCAUAUCAGCAGACUUUUCGGCUUGCCGUGCAUACUGGAUCACUAGUGGCGUCGCAGGAACUGACAAUCAGGUUGAAGAAGUGCUACAGAAAUAUGCUCCCCGUUUUAGAUAUCUCCUACUAACACAUCAAGUUCUUGGAAGUGUUCCACCAAUUGUGUUUGUCAGGGACAGAGAAAAUGCUAUGAUACAAGAGGUAGAACGGUUGCUGGCAGUUGCCGAUUUUGGAGAGGAUUAUGGUGAUUCUACCUCGGGUGGUCAUAGUGAAUUCAGGGAGACUUCCUUAGAAGAAAUUUCUGAAGCUUCAGCCCCUUCUUCACCAUCUCCAGAUAUGUUUGGCAUUGACCACGCCUAUCUUAACAGACAGAUUUUGGAAUACAAAUCUAAAAUGAAAGAUCAUUUAAGUCCGCCCGAUAGCAUAGGGUUGUCUCAGCAGCAACAAGAGCAGCUGGCAGAGAUCAGGAGGCAGAAGAUUCUAAAGAAGAAACUAAAAAAGCAGAAAGCAGAGAAACGUGAAGAUGACGAUAUCACACCACAAAAAUAUUUGCUGGACAAAUAUAUUGAGGAAGAGGAGGAUGUGUCCAGUGCAUACCCAGACAUUGAAGAUGAUAUAAAUGAAGUAACUGAGGAGUUGGAGGAAAAAGAGAGAAAGACAAGACCGCUAGAUGAACAUUGAGAUAACAAAAUGCAAAACAAAAAGUGUAGCCCAUAUCUACUAGAAAGUUUUUUUUUGCUUUUUUUGUCAUCUUGUGGUGGACUUUAAUAUAAAGCUUAGCACUUAAAAUAUAAAGUAACAUAGGUAUAUCUUACAAAUCAAUUUGUACGUGAUACAAAAUCGUCUAUAUAUAAAAAGGCUUUAUUUUCCCUAGCCUUAUGAAGACGUACUGCUCUCAUAUGUAAAAUUGCCCCCCCAAAAAAGUGUAAAAAUAUUUUAUAUUUAAAAAAAAAAAGUUAUUUAGAGAAAUGAAUGAAUAA